CUCUCUCUCCUUCCUUCCUUCCUUCCUUGGGACUAUCAGGCUCUUUCUCUCUUUUUCCUUCCUUCCUUACCUGAGACUUCCAGUCUCUUUCUUUCUUUCUCAUUCUUUCUUUCCCUCUGGCCCCCAUGGCGGAGGUGGGCCACCCUCAGGGCUUGGUGGGCUCUUCCUCCUCCUCUUCUUCCUCCGCCUCCUCCUCUUCCUCCUCCUCGUCUUCCUCUCUGGAUUGGGACCCCCUGCACCUGCACCAGGGCUUCUCGGCUUCUCUGGCGGUGGGGGACUCUCCGGGGCUCUUGACGGAGCGCCUGGGGCAGAUCGAGGGCCGCCUCCAAAGGGGGUCUCCCACCGACUUUGCCCACCUGAAGGGCAUCCUCCGGCGGAGGCAGCUCUAUUGCCGGACCGGCUUCCACCUGGAGAUCUUCCCCAACGGCACUGUCCACGGCACAAGGCACGACCACAGCCGAUUCGGGAUUUUGGAGUUUAUUAGCUUGGCCGUAGGACUGGUCAGCAUCCGCGGAGUGGAUUCGGGACUUUACCUUGGGAUGAACGAGAGAGGAGAGCUGUACGGAUCGAAGAAGCUCACCCGGGAGUGUGUUUUCCGCGAGCAAUUUGAAGAAAACUGGUACAAUACUUACGCCUCGACGCUGUACAAACACUUGGACUCUGAGCGGCAGUAUUAUGUCGCCUUGAACAGAGACGGCUCUCCCCGGGAAGGACACAGGACUAAAAGGCACCAAAAGUUCACCCAUUUCUUGCCCAGGCCGGUGGACCCCGGGAAGACGCCUGCCAUGUACCGAAACCUCUUCCACGACAGGUGAUCUUCUCUGUGGCUUGAGCGGCCAGUGUAUAUAAUAGAGGGAUAUUGCUUGGGUGCGCAAAGGUUUUCCCGGAGUGUUAUGGCGCCAUUAAUACCUAGAUAGAUGGGAGAAGCACUUGCAACGGACUCCUUGGCUUGCACUUUGCUCCCUUUUCAUGUAUAUCGAACUCCUCCGAGGCGGAGAUGGACGCAAGGCUCGGAACCCGGUUGGUGUCUUCUCUUGCUUCCUUGAUCUGGUGAGCUAGGAAAAGGACAAGAUACAAUAAAAUAUAACACCCGGGGGGAGCCAAGAUAAGAGCGUUCGGGUUUGAAAAAUGACAAUCGCCCGCACAAUGGCGGGCGGGACACACAACGGAGAUGGACAUGACUUGUAGACCACUUGCCAAGAGUGGAAGCAUUUGCUUAUAUGAAGGAGAAGCCUUUGAAUGGAUUUGCGACUUGGAUUUCUCUUGAAGUGGCACAAAACGGGCUUUGCAAGGCUAAAACUCUUAGCCGUCGUCUUGUAGACUUCCAUGGUAGGAUAAAUGCAAAAAGAGGACCCUGCGGAUUCAAAUUGGAUCGGACACCUGGACAUCUUAGGUCCUGAGAGAUGGGUGUGUGUUGCGUGUCUGCGUGUGUCCAUUUGUGUGAAUGUAAGUUUCCUACCUUUGGGAGACUAAGAGCAGAAAAGGAUGAGUCCAGGAGCUGACCUCCUUCGACCGGUGUAAACACAAUCCUGUCUCUAAGGACCACUCUAUUUAUAAAGUGUAUACGGUAUUUAUUUUAUAUAUUUAUUUAUUUCCAAAGGUUUUAUUUUAUUUUUUAACAAAGGAAAACGGAGAAAGAUUAUGGGCUGAUUUUUCGUCGGAAGCGAGAAGGUCCUACUGAAAUAGAAGAAAAGGUGGGAGCAGCGGGUUUAAGUUUAAGAGCUUAUUGGCAAUAAAAUUGUCUUUAUAUAUAUA